AUGUCCACUUCACAGUCCGACCCAGCAAUAACCUCGCCAGUGGUCCAGAAGAAGCCACGCCAUGUUCCUCGGCGGGUCCCCCUAAGUUGUGAGCCUUGCAGAAGGCACAAAUUGAAAUGUGAUCGGGGAAUCCCAUGCAGUACUUGCUCGCGGUACAACCGUGAAGAGUUGUGUCUGCUAAAUCCUGCGGCCCCGGGAGGGAAAAAGACCGGCUCGUCGCAACCCAGGCAAAACGACCAGAGUCGACCAGGUCGCAUUGUCGAAGCUACUGAUGCGAGUCAACCUGUUGCGGCUGCGGCUGGUGAGAGGUCCUCGCGGCAAGGAGCAGGCAAUCCUUCAGGCAACGGGUGGUCAGCUGCUCUGAGCCACGAUUCCGUUGCGGACGUUCCGGCAACCCAGCAGCAACGACGCGGACGCGGUCAAUUGGUCGAAAGUGUCAAUGUGGUGGCGGCAACCAAGUCAUUGUCUGCCAGGCGUCAGCACCCAUCUUCCGCCGGAGAUGCUGGCACAGACGGAAGGUCAGAGGGUGCCAUGAGCAUUCUCUUUCCGCAGACUCUGCCACUCCUGCAAUUUUCCAGUGGCCACGAUGGCAGUAUCUUGGAAACAUUGAUGUUCGCGGACGAUGAACUACAAUGGAAGAGACUCCUGGUUAAAUUGCUCCCGACUCGGACUCAAUCAGACAUACUCCUCAGUUACUUCAUUGAGCACAUCAACUGGCUUUUCCAGACGGUCCAUAUUCCCACAUUCCGAAAAGAGUAUGCGACCUUUUGGGAUGGGGCGGUCGAAGAUGCAGAUCUGCCGUGGAUGUCGUUGUUGUUCACAAUAUUGUCCUUGAGCGCACUAUAUAUCCCUGUCGAUGUUGUCCAGGUGGUCGGUCUUCAACGAGAGUCCAUUCGACGAUACUCUCACGUAUGGCAUCGUGCGUGCCUCCAGGCUCUCCAGGCUGGCAAUUACGAACGAAAGCCUACUCUUUCACAAUUGCAGACUUUCUCCGUCACACAGUUGUAUUGGUAUGCCACCAAUGACAUAGAGACCAUCAAUUCACGGAUGGGCCAAGCUAUUCGAAAUGCUCAAGCUCUGGGCCUGGACAAGGACCGCACACCGUCCAGGAAUAUUGGCGACGAGAUGAGACAUCGUCUAUGGUGGGAUCUCGUGGACUCCGACACAUUUCAGUCCAUAUGUCUUGACAGACCACCCUUGAUCCAGGCGCACCUGGCCCAUGUACCGCUUCCACUGAACUGCAACGACCUCGACCUGGGCGCAGACUUUGCACAUGCGAAGCCCGUGGAUGAGCCGACUACCAUGAGCAUGAACAUCUAUCGGGCGAAGAUAUUCCAGCUCAUCAACAGGGCGCUGGUGACGGACCCGUCACAGCUCCAGUCCUACAGCGCAGUCGUCGACAUUGACCAGCAGCUUGUGAAGACCAUGGACGAAUUACCCUGGUAUUUCCAACUCGACCACGGCGGAAAGGCCAAAACGUUUGCUGCCGCCCACGACUUUCUGACAUGGCAGAACCACAUUCUACGUACCUGCGUCAGUACCCAGCGGAUUCGCAUGUAUCGUCCGUUUCUCGACAACGUCACGAGCGCGUUCGACACGUGCAUUGGUGCCGUUGAGGAUGCCUUGACCGUCUACCGGGCUCUUCGCGACAACAAGCCAAUCGGUACGCAGCAAAAGUUCUUCCCGCAGGCAUAUCAGAUUUUCUCCGUCGCCGUGACGUUGGCGGCGUUGCUUCUCGUCGAGCGGACCAUCCCAAAUGCGGCUCGAUUUCGAGUCGACAUCCAAAGCAUGGCGGCGGAUCUGGGUCUGCUGGAGGCCCAGGCGUGUCCCGUUCCCGUCGCCGUCAACGGGCGCAAUGUCCUCCUCGAAAUGAUUUCCUUGUUCGAGCAAGAUGAUUCCUGCUCACCCCAAGAUGCCGAACGGCUCGUCCCGGACAUCUCAAUCAUCCUUGGGGGCGAGAAUACUACCCGUGCCUACCUUGGGCGACGGACCGCGGCGGAGACACCCCACCACCGGAGAACGCAGACGCAGCCAGGGGACGACAUUGGUCUCGGUGGCGUCGAUGAGCAGAUCCAAGGCUCGGAGAUCACGACGGGUCAACUCACAAAUACGCAGCUUAUCGACCACGAUCUUUCCUUGACGCCUCUCAUUGGCGGCGGCGCAAAUGGACUUUUCGACCUGGACGACUUUCACCUCGGCGACUCUUACGGCCUGUUCAAUUGGGACAUGACCGGUUUGUUGUCGGAUGCUUUGGCGAACGGGAGGCAGUGA